AUGCUGGCCAGGGGGCUCCACCGACACUCAGUCCUAGUCAAAGGUUGCAAGCCCUUCCUGAGUGCCCUGCUGGAGAGUUCAGGGCAUCCCAGGAUGUCUACUGGCGAAGGAGCCAGCAGCGUGCACAUUCAGAGCCCACGCCCCUUCAGUGAGAUCCCAACUUCGGGUGAAAAUGCCUGGGUGAACCUGUACAAUUUCUGGAGGAAGAAGGGCAUACACAAACUCCACUAUCGUAACGUCCAGAAUUUCCAGAAGUUUGGUCCCAUAUACAGGGAGAAGCUUGGCAACUUGGACUCGAUUUUUAUCAUCAACCCUGAAGAUGUGGGCCUUCUUUUUAAGUCUGAGGGUCCCACCCCAGAACGCUUACUCGUCUCACCCUGGGUUGCCUAUCACCAGCACUACAACAAACCCAUAGGGAUCCUUUUCAAGAAGUCGGAAGACUGGAAGAGAGAACGGAUAACCCUGAACCAGGAGUUGAUGGCUCUGGAGGCCACGAAGAACUUUAUACCCCUGCUCGAUGCAGUGUCUCAAGACUUUGUCAGCCUCUUGCAUAGGCGCAUCAAUCAGCAGGGCCUUGGGAAGUACUCAGGGCCCAUCAUCGAUGACCUGUUCCGCUUUGCCUUUGAGUCCAUUACCAACGUCAUCUUUGGGGAGCGCUUGGGGAUGCUGCAAGAGAUCGUAGAUCCUGAGGCCCAGAGGUUCAUAAAUGCCGUAUACAAGAUGUUCCAAACCAGCACCCCCAUGCUCAACUUCCCCCCGGACCUGUUCCGCCUGCUCAGGACCAAGACCUGGAGGGACCACGCGGCCUCAUGGGAGGUGAUUUUCAAUAAAGCUGAACAAUACACCCAGAACUUCUACUGGAACUUGAAAAAAAAAAGAGUCAUCAACAAUUACCCCAGCAUCCUCCUCGGCCUCGUGGAGAAUACCAAGAUGUCCUUCGACAACAUCAAAGCCAACAUCACAGAGCUGCUGGCGGGUGGAGUUGACACAACAUCCAUGACGCUGCAGUGGAACCUGUAUGAGAUGGCCCGGAACCUGAGGGUGCAGGAGGCACUGCGAGCAGAGGUCCUGGCUGCCCGGCGCCAGGCCAAUGGAGACAUGAACGUGAUGCUCAAGUCGGUUCCUCUCCUUAAAGCCAGCAUUAAGGAGACACUGAGACUCCACCCCAUUGCCGUGACCCUGCAGCGAUACCUUGUAAAGGACAUGGUUAUUCGUGACUACAAGAUUCCUGCUAAGACACUAGUGCAGGUAGCCACCUUUGCCAUGGGCCGGGACCCCACUAUCUUCUCCAACCCGGAGUCUUUUGACCCAACCCGAUGGCUGAGCAAAGACAAGGGCAUCACCUACUUCCGGAGCCUGGGCUUUGGCUGGGGUGCACGGCAGUGUGUGGGCCGGCGCAUUGCCGAGCUGGAGAUGACGCUUUUCCUCAUACAUAUGCUGGAAAAUUUCAGAUUUGAGAUCCAACAUCUCAGGGACGUGGACACCACAUUUAACCUCAUCCUGAUGCCCAACAAACCUAUCUCCCUCACCAUCUGGCCCCUCAACCAGGACCUGCUCCAGGCGUAA